AUGAGGUUCCCCAGCAUCAAAUCAGUCAAGUCAACCAGAUCAGCCAGUUCCGUGAGCUCUGAUGCAUCCACAUUGCCGCCUGACCGACCGGUCAUAUCGGGCGGCCUCACCGUGCUCCAUCCUACGGGUGACGAUGGAAAAGCUCUCGUUGACAUCAUCACAGUCCAUGGGCUCUCGGGUCAUCCUCAAAACACAUGGACCAACUUUGACACGCAACAUUACUGGCCGAGGGAAUCUCUUCCUGUGGAUGUUCCUAUGGCACGUAUAAUGGCUUUUGGAUAUAGUACCACUGUGUCACCGUUUAACAAGAGUACUGCAAUCGUGUCAGAUGUUGCCAAGCAGCUUAUCAGCCAUUUGAUCAACAAGAGAAGAAGUCGUGAUCAAAAACAGCGACCCAUCGUUUUCGUCGCCCACUCACUUGGUGGCAUCGUGGUCAAAGAGUUCCUCCAUGUUGCAUCGAACACUGGCCAUGAAGAUCUCGCCAGCUGCGUCUGCGGCAUCCUCUUCCUCGGUACCCCCCACAAGGGCAGUCAUCUUGCCAGCUUUAUGGGUGUGAUAAGCGAUGUGGUGAAAUCACUCAUCGGCGGCUCUGCGGAUGCUAUAAUAGAGGAUCUGUCCAGCAAUAGCCGGCAUCUUCUAGAGCUCGAUCAGCUUUUGAGGUUCAAGCUGGCCAGAAUCGACAUAUACAGCUUCUACGAGCUAUUACCCCUGAAGCCGCUGAGCAGACCCGUUGUCGAGAGACACUCGGCACUGCUCAACAUUCCAAGUGAGCUCGAACAAAUCGGCCUUGAGGCAGACCACCGGCAAAUGUGUAGGCCGCCGGAUCGCAAUCACUUCAUCUACGAAACGAUCGCGCAGCGCAUUCUCAGCAUUAUGAAUAGACAAAUACACAAAGCGCAAUACGCAAGCGACCUAGUGGAGAUGGUCAACAACUUCGCCUCCAAGCACAUGGAUCAUAUCGCCGUGCUGACGAAACAGAUGCACGAAUGUCAAGUAGGUUCCGAGCUGACACCGAUGAUCGUCGCCCUCCAGCAUACAGUCAGCCUGCACGUCAGCCAUAGCAAAGGGCCCGAAGAAGUCCCUACCUCCGGCUUUGAGGAGGUUCUGAAGUCCCUGCCAGUCCACGAGGUCAAGAGCUUCGUCGACGGAAUACAGAGGCUCAUGGAGCGGGCCAAGUCGCUUCAGGACUUGAUACUCAUGACAGAACGUGAGAACGCGAGAAAGAGAGCUGAGGCUCGCAUGGAAGCUGAGCGCCAGGCGAGUGAGCAACGCAUUCGGGAGCUUCUGGCGGAAAAUGCUCGUCUGAAAGGCAUGGCAACGGAAAAAGAACAGGUUUCCCUGGCCGCUGCACGUUCACAGAUGCAGCUGCCAGGCGCGGAGUUCGGAAGAAUGAUGAGCUCUAGCCGUAAGACGACGCAACGUCUUGCUUCUGGGAGGGACAAAUCUCCCCUAGAUUUCUCAGGAUUUGGGGCCGGUGAAUUGCUUGGUACCCCAGAUCCUGUCAUGGACGCUUCGAAAAUAACCAGCGAGCUUUGGGAACCUAUGAAAAGAACUGUCAAGGCCAGAAAAAGUCACACCAUAGAUCGAACGCGAGAAGCAGCACCCCCAGUAAUCAGUCGCGCGAAGCGCCAAAUGCCGGAAAUUCAAGGAUCAAAAAGGAAACGGAGCUCUGAAGAAGAGUCAGAUCCCGGGAACAGGAGAUACUUGGACCGUGUCGGCUGUCCGGACCCCCUGAACGAGGCCGCUGACGAUGGCCUGGAUUUCCAGGAGGCCUGCUCACCACCUCUUAGGUCACAAUGUGCAGUAGAAGCCUUUCCAUUUGGAUCCCACCCUAGAGCAGGCCCGAGCAUGGUCGGUGCAGCAAGAGAACACCCCGGCCAUACCGGACACGCCUCCACAGAGCUCGAAGCUGGACAUGACACUCCUCCCCACAGCAGUGGUACAAUCAGAAGCUACACAGACUUGGGCAUUGUGUCAGUGGAGGCACUAGGGGCACAUACUGAGCUCAGUUUCGGCGACAAUGGGCCACAGGCCGGCAUAGACCUCGCUGGCAAUGUCGAGCAAGAGUCUGAGCCCAAACAAGGCGUCCAGCAACCUGCCGCAUCGACGAUGACCGCCCAAGAGGCCAAACUCAUCCAAAAUCGGGAACAUAUGCAGGGAGUGGUCGAGAAAUUGAGCCUUAUGCUACAGGUUGGACAGCAUGUCAUGGGCACGCACGAUGACGAUGCGGUGUUGACGGCCGAGCCUUGA